AACCAAUCAGCGCCCAGCGCACACUCCUGUCGUAAAAGGUGACAUUGUCCCGGACCGUGGCGGUGCCAUGUCUUCCUUAGUCCGCAUUGCAGGCGCCCUGAAGGCCGGGAGCCGGCUGCUGGGGGGCAACUUGAGAUCCAAGACCGGGGUCCGGAAUGCUGGUGGAGGAGUCCACAUUGAACCUCGCUAUAGACAGUUUCCAGAGUUGACAAAGUCACAGGUCUGGCAGGCAGAGUUUCUCAGUGGCUUCAUGUGGUUCUGGAUUCUUUGGCAUCUAUGGCACGAUACCGAUGCAGUGCUGGGUCACUUUGAGUAUCCUGACCCUUCAAAAUGGACAGAUGAAGAGUUGGGGAUAAACCCUGAAGAAGACUAAUCCUUUUUAUUUGUGAUAUUUCUGAGGAAACUUCCUUCUGGAAACUGUUCAGUGUUGAAUAUUGUAAAUAAAUCUAGAAAACUUA